AUGCAGCUUCCCCUCACACUCAUGCUCGUCGGCUUCCCGGUCGUGCUUGCUAGCGUCCCUAUCUUCAUGUGCUCGUGGAAAAUUUCUGAUGGAUCUCCCGAACUGGUCGGCUUCGAGUGGUGGUGCAACGCCGAGAAAAAGAUCACGAGCAACGCUACUGCUGACUACGCAUGCCACUAUGUCGACCGCGUCGCCGACUUUGGAGCUCAAGGCUUCGAAAAGCAGCUGCGAUUCCGGGCCGCGUGUCCUCACGAGCGCAAUGAUGGCUGGGGCUACACCUCCUGGCAUAGCUGCGGCAAUCCUUGGGCAGUCUGCGUCGGCGCCAAUGGACCCAACGAUAAGCCUAUCCAAUGCUUCUACAGCACUGACGCGCAUGCGCUCUUCCUCCACUCCAACUCGAAGUGGGUCGACAAGAAUGAUGACUGCCUUUGGCCGACCACAUUCGAUUCUGCUGAGGCCGCACCUAGUAUGGUACAGAUCUGGAAUAAGAAGUGA